AUGGCGAAAACUUAUGAUUAUUUAUUUAAAUUACUUUUAAUUGGAGAUUCAGGGGUCGGUAAAACAAUAUUAUUUAUGAUUGGCAUUAAAACAACGUCUGUUAAUUUAUUAAUUUUUUUGGUUGUUGCAGGAAUUGAUUUUAAAGUUAGAACAAUAGAUGUAGAUGGUAAAAAAAUUAAAUUACAAAUUUGGGAUACAGCUGGUCAAGAACGUUUUCGAACUAUAACCACUGCAUAUUACAGAGGUGCUAUGGGUAUAAUGUUAGUGUAUGAUAUAACAAAUGAAAAAAGUUUUGAAAAUAUUAAAAAUUGGAUAAGAAAUAUAGAAGAAAAUGCAUCGGCUGAUGUUGAAAAAAUGUUAUUGGGAAACAAAUGUGAAUUAGAAGAGAAAAGACAAGUAACAAAGGAAAAAGGGGAACAAUUAGCAAUAGAAUAUGGAAUUAAAUUUAUAGAAACAAGUGCAAAAGCAUCUAUUCACGUUCAAGAUGCAUUUUAUAUGCUUGCAAGGGAUAUAAAAGCAAAAACGGAAAAGAAACUGGAGGCAAGCAAUCCUCCAAAAGGAGGACAUCAAUUGAAACCUUCCGAUGCACAAAAGAAACCGACUAGUUGGCUAUCUAGAUGCUUCUUCCUUUGA